CAGAACACCAGCAAAAAUAUUCAUGGUUCUGUUUGGGAAGUAAUGAGAAUGUGAGAAUAAAAUAUGUACUAAUUAAUUAUCAAUUGCUGAAGCAAAACACUGUGUAAGUCUUUAAAUUGCUGACAUAUCAAAUGUGACAAGUGGAGUUGGAAUGGUGCAAAGGGAUCAAAGUGAACGUGUUGAAGUACGACUUGACUCUCCACAUGGACGCGGAGCACUCUGGAUUUGCACGUUCGAGUGUGCAGAGCCAUGAAGGGGUUCCUCUUCCUCUUCCUGGCCGUGCCAGCCGUGUGCUCCCGCUCUCACAGCAACUGGUGUGAGCCGGGUUGCGAGUGUCGCAGGGACGUCAGACUCACCAUCUGUUCAGCAGUAUUCUUCACCGAGCUCCCGGCCAGAGUCCCGUCCAACACGGAACUACUGGAGCUGUCCCACAACGGCAUCGUCGUCAUCCCCGAGCGCUCGUUCAACAAGAACCGCAAGCUGCGUGUGCUCCUGUUGCAGAACAACAACAUCAGCGUGGUGCAGGACGGCGCCUUCUCACUACUGGAGUUCCUGCAGAAGCUGGACUUAAGCUGGAACCGGAUCUCCUCCCUGGGCAAGGGUUUCUCACUGGGUUUGGCCCUCCUGCGGGAACUGAGCUUGGCUCACAACUCACUGAGCAGCCUGGACAGCAGUAGUUUCAUACACCUGGACAAUCUGCAGAAGUUGAACCUGAGCUACAACAGCAUCCUCAACAUCCAGGUCAGAUCUUUUGCUUCGAUGAGCAGCUUGCGACAUCUGCACCUAGAGGGCAACCGGCUGACUUCUCUGAAAAGCGGCAUCUUCUCCAUGCUGCGCUCACUGGAGCUCCUCAAUUUGGCCGGCAAUCUCAUAAAUGAGACGCAGGUGGGCCUCUUCAAACCGCUCGCCAGCGUGACCCUGCUCAACCUGGCCAACAACUAUUUGACCACUGUCCACUUCAAGACCUUCCUGAGCCUCCACACCUACAGCACCCACAUCCUGCUAGAGGGAAACCCCUGGAAUUGCGACUGUGACCUACAAAGAGUUUUCCGGAAGCUGAGGAGCAUCCAGAGACUCUUCCUGGACGAUUACUACAACCUGACGUGCGCUGAGCCCGCGGUGCUGCGGGACUAUCGGUUGAGCCUGGUGGACACAGAACUGUGCAUUGCCGAAACUGUCACCGUGCUCAUCAUCACCGUUACUGUGGUCAUAACGGUGCUGGCAGCCAUGCUGAUGGGGGAGAGGAAGAGGAAAAGGAAGAAGAGUAGGAAGCACUGGACGCAGCAGGGACAACUAUCGGACGAGUCAGACUACUGACCUUAAACCUUUCCAUUUUUCGUGAUAGUGACUGAUGAUAGAGGUUUUCCAAGUAUGAGGUGUCAAAUGAUUGAUUUGUUUUGCAAACCAAAAUUUGAGAUACAAGCAAGUUUCAAUUUCGAGGAGCUCGCAGUUAAAAUCGUAAAGGAGUGAUCCAAGAACAAGUUAAUUCUUGACUGAUAACUGGAAACCACAUUGCAGGACCACAAAAUAACUGCACUUUUUAAAUUCCAGCUCAUGGUUACAUUUUAUUGGAAUGUAUUGAACCUGUUUUGGUGUCACCAUCUUGUUUGCUUUA